AUGGACGAGGCUCCCGCAGCUCCUAGCUAUGCUUUACCUGAUGGGUGGUUUCUCGCCGGUUCUGCGCCAGACAACUACCUGGCAGGAGUCGAUUACACAACAUAUUAUGGGCCAACACCUGCACGUGGUGGUAUUUUAGUGUCAGGCCCGAACUAUAAAGCAGUAGCCGGUGGCUUUGGUACUGUGAUGCAAGCGUUUAAUCCUACGAAUUUAUUAGGCAAACGAGUUCAAAUGUCAGGCUUCGUAAAAUCCACUGGUGUCAUAAAUUGGGCUGGUAUGUGGAUGCGAAUCGAUCGCUUGUUAGAGCAAGCCCACGCUUUUGAUAAUAUGCACAAUCGAUCGAUCACUGGCACUACUGAUUGGACAGAAUAUAAAAUUGUCUUGGAUGCUCCUGAAGAUUCAGCUAUGCUUGCCUUUGGCUUUUUAUUGAUUGGUGAAGGAACAAUUUGGAUUGAUGAAGUUAAUUUUCAAAUUGUAGAUCCAGAUAAAGUUCCAGUUACUGGUGGUGGACCAAAUGGACCUGCGACACCAGCCAAAAUUCCUAAAGGACUGCUUGAUCAUCCAAUUAAUCUUUCUUUCUAA